CUCGGCUCCUCGGAUGCUCAGCUGGAAGUUCAAAGACAUAAGAAGAGAGAUUUCAUUUUUCCUCCAGCCAAGAUGAAGUUUUCACGGAGAGUGAAGAGCGCUCUGGUGAGAGAGUGCAUGGCCGAGGUCCUGGGAACUUUCGUCUUGGUGUUCUUUGGCGAGGCGACUGCAGCUCAGGCGAGAUUGAGCAAAAACACAGAAAGCGUACUUUUCUCGGCCAACUUUGCCUUUCCUGUGGGUGUCAUCGCAGGCAUGUACCUCACCAUGGGCAUCUCAGGCGCCCACCUGAACCCAGCGGUGACUCUGAGCUUCUGUGUUUUGGGCCGGUGGCCGUGGAGAAAGCUGCUUCCCUACAGCCUCAGUCAGAUUCUGGGAGCUUACUUGGCCGCAGGGGUCGUCUUUCUGGUCUACUAUGAGGCUAUAAUGGACUAUAGCGGAGGAGUGUUGUCGAUUUCUGGCCCUAAUGAGACUGCAACUAUAUUCUUCACAUCUCCCUCAGAAUACUUGACUUUGGGCAGAAGUGUCCUCGACCAAGUGGUGGGAACCGCCAUGCUGAUGUUGUGCAUCCUGCCUCUGGGCGAAAAGAGGAACACUCCGGCUCCCAAUGAUCUGAUUCCUGUUGUGGUGGGAGUGAUCGUCUUCGGCCUCUCCAUCUCAGUGGGGGGCAACUGUAUGGGCGCAAUCAAUCCUGCUAGGGAUUUUGGACCUCGACUUCUCACACUGACAGUAGGCUAUGGCAUCGAGACCUUCACGUGCUACAACUACUGGUUCUGGGUUCCUCUGGUGGUUCCAAAUGUCGGAGGUGUUUUAGGUACUUUCAUUUAUCUGCUCUUCAUCCAGUGGCAGCUUCCCGAUCCGGAGCCUCCGGAAGACUCUUCCAAUCUGUUCACCAUCAGCGACAAACUCAAACAAGAGGCCACCACGUGGGACAACGGAGACAAGUUAAAGGCUGAACGUUUGUGAUCGUUACUGUAAUAAAAAUGUGAUCAAGGCUGCUGUCAGGACCACCGCAAACAUCUGAUAAACAAUCCUCUGAUUGUAGUGAUAUUUAAUAAACAAAUACCUGCUGCUAAAACACAAACACAUCUUCUGUAAGCAGAAACAUAUUUUCUUUUCUGUUUCUGAUCCAUCGAGGUAAAUGCCGCCAGUAGAGGCGGAGGCAGCUGAAACACAAUAAAUGUGAAUGAGUAGUGACAAUAAGGUAUUUAAAUUUACGUCUAUGUUUCUGUGAAUAUUGAUUUACUCUACUUGUUGUGAAACGCUCAGCUGAACUCUGUGUAUAUGUUCAAUUCUAAAAAAUGUUUUAAAAUCAAAUGGAGCACUGUACCGUUUAUUUUUCUGUAUAUUCUUCUUUGCCUCGGCCCAUUUAGUCCACGACAGUCUCAGGUAUACGCUGUAAUUUAUUUUAUCUCCUGCUUUUUAUGCCAGUAUCACUCACACUGUGGUAUUCUAAUGUACAAAUCUCAGUUUUAUAUUAAAAAAUCCAAGAAUUUCAUGCUUACUUUUUCACAUUGACGAAUAGAAAUAUAUACUGAACAUAUAUCAUAAUACAUAGAAUUUGCACACAAAUUCUGUCAAAAUAUUUAUGUUUUUUAUCAGUUAUAUUUGGAGAAUCACUUUAAAACUCCAGAACUCUGCAAAUACUUUUGUUUUUGUGGUACAAUGUGUGUUCAAUCGGUUAUACGAAUUCAACAAAACUUUUUCUUUUUCCAUUGUUGUGACCAACUAUUUCAUAUUAAAAGUAUUCUAAAUGUU